CUAUAUAAAAUGUCAAAUUUAUAAUGCCGAAUUUCGCUAAAAUCACCUAAUUUAAAUAGAUUUGAUAUAAGUGUUGUUAGCAAUGGGCACAUCCUCAAAUGUGGGUAGGUCGGUUUGUUUGUUCUCCCCGCCUUGGCUCAAAAUACCACCCCCAAACUCCUCGUAUAUAUAUAAUCUGACCUCCUUUCUUGUUCGAAAUUCUUCCACGAUUUCCCCCUUCCCCACCCUCUCCAUUUCAGUAUACUUUCCUACGAAAUCACCAAAUCAAUUUAAAAAUAAAAAUAAAAAUCAAUGCCGGUGAAUUUGACGGCCAACGCUAUUGCGGCAAUAAUCGGCGGAGACGUCAACGCGAAGCCGCUGGUGCAGGUGUUGGAAAUCAAGCUCAUCGGCUCCACGCAGGAGCGUUACCGCCUUAUCAUAUCCGACGCGGUGGCUACUGAGCAAGCUAUGCUCGCCUCGCAGCUCAAUGACCGAGUUAAGACCGGCCGAAUCCGCAAGGGAUCCGUCAUCCAGCUCAUCGAAUACAUCUGCAGUCCCGUCCAGAACCGCAAGAUAAUUGUGGUAUUAAACAUGGAAACUAUCAUUCCGGACUGCGAUGUAAUUGGUAACCCAAUGUAUUCUGAAUCUGAUUCAGUGCCUGGAAAGCCAGCAUCUUCUGGACCCCGACCAUCAAUAAACAAUAGUGUUUCCGGUGCUCAUAAUUCAUCACGAACAAGCUACAACAAUGGUAAAACUUCAAGCUCCCUAAACCAAGGUGGCAUGCAGAGUUUCCAUCCUACCGUUCAGCCUCCAUACCAACCACCUCCAAAUUAUAAGAAUCAUGGAGCAAUCAUGAGGAAUGAGGCCCCUGCACGCAUUAUACCUAUAGCUGCCUUGAACCCUUAUCAAGGUAGAUGGGCUAUCAAGGCACGGGUGACAGCAAAAGGAGAUCUUCGGCGUUACAACAAUGCAAGAGGAGAUGGGAAAGUAUUCUCCUUUGAUCUUCUUGAUUCAGAUGGAGGGGAAAUCAGGGUGACAUGCUUCAACGCUGUGGUUGACCGUUUUUAUGAUACUAUUGAUGUUGGUAAAGUCUAUGUUAUAUCUAAAGGUAGCUUGAAACCUGCCCAGAAGAAUUUCAACCAUCUAAAGAAUGAGUGGGAGAUAUUUCUAGAGACAACCUCAUCAGUGGAUCUUUGUCCAGAUGAAGAUACUUCCAUACCUAGGCAGCAGUUCUCAUUUAGGCCUAUUUGUGAAAUUGAGCAUGCUGAAAGCAAUUCUAUACUGGAUGUUAUUGGUGUUGUUGUAACCGUGAACCCUUCUGUUCCCAUCAUGAGAAAGAAUGGAAUGGAAACACAGAGGCGAAUUCUGAACUUGAAGGAUAAUUCGGGGCGAACUGUUGAAUUGACGUUAUGGGGAGAUUUCUGCAAUAGGGAAGGACAACAACUGCAUGAUAUGGUAGAAACCGGAACAUUCCCCAUUUUGGCUGUCAAAGCUGGAAAAGUUAACGACUUUAGUGGGAAGUCCAUCGGCACCAUAUCUGCCACACAGCUAUUCAUAAAUCCCGACUUUCCAGAGGCUAACGGCUUGAGAACCUGGUUUGAUCGAGGGGGGAAAGACACCGCUUCCCAUUCUAUAUCCAGAGAAGCUACACUUGGUGGAAUGAAGAACGAGACACGCAAGUGCUUGACGCAGAUAAAAGACGAAGGGCUGGGAAGGUCAGACAAAGCAGACUGGAUUGCAGUUAAGGCAAGUGUCUCUUUUCUGAAAACAGACUCAUUCUGUUACACAGCCUGCCCAUUGAUGAUCGGUGACAGGCAGUGCAACAAGAAAGUGACAAAGUCCGGGAACUCGACAUGGCUAUGCGACAGGUGCAAUCAAGAAUUCGAAGAGUGCGAUUACAGAUACCUUCUUCAAGUUCAGGUUCAGGACCACAGCGCCCUGACGUGGGUGACUGCUUUCCAGGAAGCCGGUGAAGAGAUCUUGGGCUGCUCGGCCAAGCAGCUGUACGUGUGGAAAAACGAAAUGCAAGAUGACCUCAAAUUUCUUGAAGUUAUUCAAAACUGCCUCUUCAGAGAGUUCAUCUUUAAGCUCAAAAUAAAAGAGGAGACUUAUGGUGACGAACAGAAGGUGAAGAUCACAGUCGUCAAGGCAGAGAAGUUGAACUACUCUGAAGAGAGUAGAUUUCUGCUUGAUAGCAUCUCAAAGCUCCAUUUAGCUAAAUACUAUUAGAAUGGCAUGAAUCCUUUUCUGUUGUAAUAAUUUUUAUAGCAACUCUUAACAUUUGCAGUUCAAAUUAGUAAUGAGUAUGUGUUUCGUUGAUUAUGAAUGUAGACCAGUUGAUAUGGUAUUGAAGAUUUGGAAUUUGAUUGAUAUAGUCGACAGGUUUGUGUAAGAAUUGAAGUUGAAGAGGAACAGUUUUACUCUAUCAAGAAGUAAGUAAUACAGUGAUACAUCUGCGAUAGAAACAGAGGGGAAAAUACAGAGAAAGCAAGGGCGGUCUCAGCCCCGCUUGACAGGGUCGAAGUUGGAGACGCCGAUCACCGCCCCAAGAAGGGCGGUGAGAACGACACCGCCGGCGGCGAUGCUGAGCAAGAAGUUCUUGAGAGAGGGCGAGACGCCGCUGGCCGCCUCAGCCACGUCGGGAACAACCAUGGAAGCGGUCAAUGCGGCGGCGGUCAAUCCAGCCACGGCCUUCUCCUUCAACGAAGCCUUCACUUCAAAUCUUGCGGCGGGCUUUGACACAAGGGCGGCCGCCUUGGAAGGCCUGAGCGGCAUGCCCUUGAAGAAGGCGUCGGCGGCCGGCAGGCUCUUGUGGCCGGCACGGGGCAGCGGCAGGGCCAUUGAGACUGCUGAAGUUGAGGCCAUUUGCGUUAAGGUUUGUUGAAUGUGGUUGUGU